AUGCCGGCCCAACGUGAGUCCCGACUGACGCCGAUUGGUUGCCUCGCCGCGAAGCGUUGGACUCGCACCGGCAACGCUCUGUCUGCAAGGCAGUUGAAGAGCACCAACCGAGCACCGUGUCUCAGGAGGCUUCGAUUUGGAGCUGAUUGCUCUCGACUUGUUGCGUCCCUCGUCGCCGGAGAGGCAUUCACGGCCUUAACCUUCUCUGGCCACGGUUUCGGUUUCACUUGCGGUCUCGGUCUCGGUCUCUUUCGUCCUGUUGCUCGUCGUCUCGUUCUUGGGCAUUGUGUCUGUCUCCGUCUCGGCCUGGCCAUCGGUUUCCCGUUCGGUUUCGGUCUCGGCGCCCAUUUCAGUCACGAAGUCAGUCGGUCUCAGUCUUGCUCUCGCUUCGGUUCUCCAUUCAGCAUUCGUUCGGGUCAAGGGGUUAAUCUUGGUCUCGUUCUCUCUCUCGGUGUUGGUCUUGGUGUCGGAUUUAAUGUCGGUCUCAGUGUCGUCUUCGGUGUCGGUGUCGGUGUC